UGGGUAUGUCAGGAGAUGGGUGAAACAGAAUCUGCCUGUGCUGCAGGGAAACAAAACCGAUGGCUUUCCUCCGGUCUGGCCAUUUGUUCUGGCCACAGAGGAGUAGGAGGGUGGCAGGGGCACUGUGUCUGCUGGCUGGCCAUGCUGGGUAAAAAUAGCCUGUCCUCAUGAGCCCUCCCAGGUGCAUGAAGGCAGGAGUGCGAGUAAUCAUCUGCUCAUUGCAUCAGCAGCUUUGCUGGGGCCAGGCUGUGCUUGCUGCUGGGACUAGAGUGGCCUUUAGCCUCUGCUUUGCACUCAGUUUUUGGCACAUUAGCACAUUAAGGCCUGAUGUGCUCCUGUCUCACAGCAGUCAGUGCUGGAACAACAGCGUGACAACUGUCCAUCGUGGCUGGGCUCCUGUGGGCUCCAGCAGCACCGGCAGCCCCUUCCUGCUCACACUCCUGACAGCUUUUGCAGUGCUGGGAUCAGCCGACAUUGAACCAGCUCGCCUGAGGAAAUCCCAUCUGAACCAGGGAGGUUUGCAGUGAAAUCCAAACCGCUACUGAGCUGCAGUUCCCUUUUCUUCCCCAGCUGCAGAGAGGUGUUUAAGAGGUGAGGAUGCUGUCCAGCAGGAUGCUGUGCACACUGCAGCUGGGACAUGUUACCUAUAUACCAUCUCAAAUGCCCAUAGGUGCCUGUCUCCACCAGUCCCUACCCCACAGAUGGCAGCCCCCAGGGUGGCAGUGGUGGGAGCAGGGCUCAUCGGACUGUCCACAGCGUUACGUAUUGCUGAGGUGAACCCGAACUGCUGCUCCAUCACCCUCCUUUCAGAGCAGUUCAGCCCCAACACGACGAGCGACGUGGCAGCUGGCAUGCUCAUCCCUCACACCUACCCAGACACACCAAUCCACGUGCAGAAGCAGUGGUUCAAAGAGACCUUCACCUACCUUUUUGCUAUCUGCAACUCAGCCGAGGCGUCAGAAGCUGGCAUUCACCUGGUCUCUGGCUGGCAGAUCUUUAAAAACCCUUCCGAAGCUGAGGUGCCUUUCUGGUCUGACGUUGUCCUGGGGUUUCGACCAAUGUCUGCAGCAGAAAUGCAGAAGUUCCCACAGCACAGCCAUGGCCAGGCCUUUACAACACUAAAGUGUGACUGCCCCCGCUACCUGCUGUGGCUGGAGAAAAGGUUGAAAGCAAAUGGUGUCCAGAUACACACCAGAAAAGUCACAGACUUAUGGGAGCUGCACAACAAGUAUGAUAUUGUUGUCAACUGCACGGGCAUCGGAGCCCGCCAGCUUGUGGGGGAUGAGCAGCUGUUCCCUGUCAGGGGACAAGUGCUCAAGGUUCAUGCUCCUUGGGUGAAAAACUUCAUCCGGGAUGGGGAUGGCUUAACUUACAUCUACCCGGGGAUAGACAGUGUAACUCUUGGGGGAACCAGGGAAAAGGAGAACUGGUGUCUCUCCCCUGACCCUGACACUACCAAAGACAUCUUUGACAGAUGUUGCUCCCUUGAGCCCUCGCUACAACGAGCUCAGGAUAUCAGGGUGAAGGUGGGCCUGAGGCCAUCCAGAUCAGCUGUGAGACUGCAGAAAGAGGUUCUGAGCCAGGGAGGAGCAAAGCUGCUGGUGGUCCACAAUUAUGGGCAUGGGGCAGGUGGCUUUUCAGUGCACAGAGGCACAGCCGAGGAGGCCGCUCACCUGGUGGGAGAAUGCAUUGCUGCUCUGCAGGGUUCCUCAUCCAGGGCCAAGCUUUGAAUCCCUGAACCUCCUUUUUAUGACAGGCUAAUGCAACAUCUCCUUGUAGAACCUUUGGACUUUUAUUUCAUUUCUGGAGAGAAAGAAGUUAAAACAACUUGUGCCAUGGCAGGCUCUUGGUGGUAUCUCACCUGGCUUCCCGCAGCCACCUUGGAAAGGUACAAUGGGUCCAUCCCAGCAUUAGCCCAGCUCUCCUUCCCCUCCAUCUGGUAUCAUUUCUGCCCUGGUGAUUUCUUCUAGCUUUGUGCCUGGGAGGAUACAAGAUACAUAACUAUCCUUCACAUAGCAAAAAUCACUGCUUCAUUAUAAUACAAAUAAUGUAAAUUAAGCAUUUAUUCAUCCACAUCUAAAGCAUAUUUGAUGUACUAGAUUCAGUAAAAACUAAUUCUCUGCUGUUGUAUUAGAUCUACUCUAGUACUGUCCUUACUCUGCCACCUUGCUAACAAACUUUACAGUUUGUUCUUCAAAGCACAAAGUUUGUAUCUUCAGCACUCACAGCUUUUCUUGCAACAAGUGAUGUAAACAAACCAGCCACAAACCAAGAAAUAUCUUAGCACCAACUGCAGUUGUGUAAGGGAGAAACAAGCCAUGUAAGUCUAGAUAAACACUGGAAAGAGACAUUUGAGCUUGCUGUCAAAGUACAAGAUUAAUAUCUGACUGUUAGUGAUUAAACUGCUCAUUAGACUGGAAAUGGCUUAUUUAAGUGUUAGCAUCCACUUUUGACUUGUUCUUUGUCCUCGAGAUUACAAACCUAACCAAAAUUCUUCAAGAAAUAACAUGUUUAAAUUUGAUAAAUAAAGUUCUAAUAGUAGAGCAAAGGUCA